GACCUCCUACACGGAAGUGCAGCAGCCCCACCACCGCAAGUACCACCCCAGUGUCGAUUAUCGCCCAUCGCCACCACCCAUCGUCAAAGAGCCGCCGAAAUCCGCGCCAAAACCUCCACCACCCCCAAACCCUCCAUUAUCGCCAAAUCCACCGUCAUCGCCGGAGUCAACGGCCAACAGCAACGAACCGCCGCAUCCUCACCAGCCUGCAAUCGCCCACCAGCCCUCCGUCUGUCCAUGUCCGGAGUUCAGCAACCAAAAGAAGAGCCGGCCCCUUACUAUUGGUCCUUCGGCGCCAACAAAGAGCCGCACCGGUGGAAUAAAAAUCCAUAACCUCAAAACACAAGUAUCCCCAGCAAAACCAUGGAUACUUGCAGCAGCAGUGGCUCUCCGAAACCAGCACCUCGAAUAUCGCUACAUCCUAAGCAACCGCAGCGGUCCGAAGUAGGCAUGAUGACUGACACAACUCCAGCGGCGCAGCCAGAAGAGGAAACCAUCGAUUUCAAUCGAUGCCGUCUAUGCGCACGACAUCACGCGUUGCGGGUAUGCCAAGUGUUUCGCGCAAUGCAGCCGACCCAACGUUAUCUGGUCGCACGUGCACACAAAUUUUGCACCAACUGCUUCGCCUUAUCGCAUCACAGCAAGGACUGUCCCUCCGCUGGAAUCUGCAGGCUAUGUGGUCAGCGUCACCAUACUCUGCUUCACCGGAAGACGGCACUCAACAAAAACUCUCUGCAACACCACGCUCCAGCAUCGCGCAAAAGGCCUUCCGCACUUCGUCCCCACCGUCUACGCCGUACUGCACUCAGCUCUAACAAGCACAAGCACCCGCAUAUGGGGCAAAGAGCGAAGAAAAUCAAUACCACCACCCAGGGAAUCCGCAUCACCAAGGCGAAUGGAAAGCUGUCCAGGAAAUUGCUCCGGGAUGCAAUACGUAAACUGCGGGAGCUGGAGAACAGUAUAGUCGCUUAGCGCGCCUAGGUGCGGGAGAAUAGUUAAACGAGAAACGUCUGUCGUUUAACACCUUACAACGUAUGUGUUUAUUACCUGAAUUAAUGCGAAUUUUCUUCAACAAUUGAAUUACUCAAACUUUGUAAACAUAUUUUCCUUCAUUGAAUUGUUAACUCUAAAAGUUAAAUCAUUUCAAAAUUGUUAACACUAAGGGCCGGUUACUCAAUGUCUGGUUAACACUAAUCUCCGU